ACCGCUCUACCGGCGUUUUUUCUCAUCAUCUGUCAGCAAACAGGCGGUUCGACCCGGAUUAUCCAGCGAUGUUCAACCGGAACGGACAUUUAUUCUCCGAAUGUGUCACAGGAUAUAUUUAACAAAAAAGUCUGAUAUUAUCGAAUUCGAUAUUUGGUGCUUGUCGGUGUGAAAACCGGCGUUUUUUUUUUCUUCCCCGGCUAACCUCCCGCUAGCAUCCACUUCAUCUCUCUCAGAGGAGCCUAAACGGGUUUCACUCAGGACCUGUUUAAAACACUUUUUGGACUUUUGUGGAGCUCAAGAAAAAAGGAGGAAUUUGGUUGUGGGGGUUUUUUUUUGUAGAAAAAAAAGUUUUUUUUUUCCUUUAUCACAAAUAUUUGUGAAUAAUAUAUUUUUUUAUCAUAGAAGAGUAAAACUAGCCGGUUAGCUCGUACAGCGACUUUCAGGACUGCAAAAGUGAAAACGUCUCGGGGAUUCCGUGAAACCUCUCUCUCUCUCACACACACACACACCCACACACUCUCUCUUUCUCUCUCACCCACACACACACUAUCUCACCCACACACAGACAGAGACUAGUUCAUUUUUUCGGCUACAAUCCGCUCUAUAUCGCAUGAUGCACCAGCAGGGCUCGUUUGCCUCCCCCAUCCUGGGCGAUGUUCUAUGCCAGUGCAGCUCGGAGGAGUACCGGCUUUCGGACCCGGGCGGCGGUAUUAGCGGAGCUGAUGCCGCAGUUAGCGCCCGGAUCGCUGCUUCGAAAGACGAGCCGCACAUGUGCGUCGCGUGCGGCGGGCCCCAGCAGGAGAAUCGCCUCAAAGUCCUCUUCCAGAUCCUGGACGUGAACCGAGACGGAGGGAUCUGCGUGAACGACCUGACCAUCGGCUUGAAGAAACUCGGGCUCCAUCGAACCGAGCAUGAGCUCAGGAAAAUUGUGAAAGCUGGAGAUAAGGACCUGGAUGGCCAGCUGGACUUUGAAGAGUUUGUGCAUUACCUGAGGGACCACGAAAAGAAGCUACGGCUGGUCUUUAAAAGUCUCGAUAAGAAGAAUGACGGUCGCAUUGAUUCGCAGGAGAUCAUGCAGUCCCUCAGAGACCUGGGGGUCCACAUCUCCGAGCAGCAGGCAGAGAAAAUCCUCAAGAGAAUUAGGAGGGGCCAUGUAUUUGCUCCCAUAAUGUACAUGGACAAGAAUGGGACAAUGACCAUCGACUGGAACGAAUGGCGGGACUACCAUCUGCUUCAUCCUGCAGACAACAUCCCAGAGAUCAUCCUGUACUGGAAGCAUUCAACAAUAUUUGAUGUAGGGGAGAGUUUGAUGGUGCCUGAUGAGUUCACGGCAGAGGAAAAGAAGACUGGGAUGUGGUGGCGACACCUGGUGGCAGGUGGCGGAGCUGGCGCAGUGUCUCGCACCUGCACGGCUCCGCUGGACCGACUCAAAGUUCUCAUGCAGGUGCACUCCUCUCGUGUGAACACCAUGUGUAUGGCUGGUGGUUUCUCUCAGAUGAUCCGUGAAGGAGGUAUUCGGUCGCUGUGGCGAGGAAACGGCAUCAACGUCAUAAAGAUCGCACCUGAAUCUGCUAUCAAGUUCAUGGCCUAUGAGCAGAUAAAGCGGCUGAUUGGGAGCAAACAGGAGACGCUGGGAAUUCUGGAGCGGCUGGUUGCAGGUUCACUGGCUGGUGCCAUUGCGCAGAGCAGCAUCUACCCAAUGGAGGUUCUGAAGACUCGACUAGCCCUUGGAAAGACCGGUCAGUAUUCCGGGAUUGUGGACUGUGCCAAACACAUCUUGCAGAAAGAGGGCGUAGCAGCGUUUUACAAGGGCUACAUCCCAAAUGUGCUCGGCAUUAUUCCCUACGCUGGAAUAGACCUGGCUGUCUAUGAGACUCUGAAGAACUCAUGGCUACAGAGGUAUGCGACAGACAGCGCAGAUCCUGGUGUGUUUGUCCUGUUAGCCUGUGGCACAAUGUCCAGCACGUGCGGCCAGUUAGCCAGUUACCCUUUAGCCCUGGUUAGGACGCGAAUGCAGGCUCAAGCUACAUUGGAUGGAGCACCUCAGAUGUCCAUGAGCAGCCUGUUUAGACAUAUUGUGCGGACAGAAGGCGCGAUGGGGCUCUACCGAGGCCUGGCACCCAACUUCAUGAAGGUCAUCCCUGCAGUCAGCAUCAGCUAUGUGGUGUACGAACAUCUAAAAACCACACUGGGUGUCCAGUCCCGGUGAUAGACUGGCAGGUCGUUUCCUUUUGAUUUAUUGUUUUUGUUGGGAUGCAAAAUGGAUCUGGCUCUGAGAAGAAAAAGGACAGGCAAUCUUGGGUGGGGAGACCUGAGGUUUGAGUCAAUGUUCUCAUUCUGUGAAUGCCAGAAGGCCCAAGGAGGAUGGUAAAAAAGAACACUAAGAAUAAACACUAAGAACCCAAACCAGGAUGUAAACAAUGUUAUUACACCUAGGAAUUGUGCAUCUACUCUUCCUAGGACGCUCAGACUGUAGUAACCUGUUUUACUAGGGACCAAGAAGAUGCACCACUUUUUGUGGUGUCUUAAUGGAGACUUAGUCUUAAGCUGCUCGUUUGUGCUCUUGUAAUCCAGUAGGUGGCAGCAAAGGGCUUAAAAUUAAAGAGCCAGCGCACCACCUCCUACCCUCCAAUUUCUAUAUUUAAGCACUACGUUUGUUAUCAUUAAUGUCUUACUUAAUUUAUUAGUCAUUUAAGUGUUAUCCCAUGCAGAACCACCAGAUUCCUCCAGAAACAGCAGUCUGUGAAGCUGAUAUUUAAUGUCUUUCAUUAGAAUUUUUUUUUUUUAUUACAAAACCAAUAAUGUCUUGUUUUUUUUUUCCAUGUGUUAAUGUUCUACAUCUAUUUAUUUAAUUUUAAAGAACCGCAGAUUUAACACAUUUUUCUGUGGUUAGUACAAAGUUUAUAGUACAAACUCUUUUGUUUUAUGUUUGCGCUCGUUAUCACACCUUUGAUAAUUGGCUUGUCAGCUACGAAUCACAUUCACCAAUUUAGAUGAAGGACUGGUUUAGGUUGAAAGGUGUUAAAUGUUCAUGUUGUGUUUCUAACACAGGGGUGGAAUGUAGUGGGAAAAUCCAAUGACUGGAAUCAACUCACUUCUAUUUCAGUUCAGAAUCAAGUUGCUGUUUUGCACCUUACGUGAAGCCUCGCCUUUUUCCGUUUAGUUUUUCACGCAGUGUUAGUGCGCAAGCAUGUCUUGUGUCCUUAUUGUGUUUUGUGAACAGAAAAGACAUCAAUGCUGAUUAGAGAAAAAAGAACCUCAGGAACUUUAGGAUCACAAUGGGAUGUACAUUUGAAUUUUUAGACUGAAUGAUUACUCAAUGUUGCUGUUUAAUUUUAAAAUAAUGUUGUAAGAGGGUUGAAAAGUGCAUUUUAUGGACAACAAAAUGGGCUAAUCAUGUUAGACGUGCGUUAGACGACAUUGCUAGAGUAUGAACCAGUAACUUCAAAAAACCUUUUUUUUGUUUUUUUUUUGUUUUGGUUUUUUGCUAUAGAAGAUCCUUUAAAAAAUGCCUAUAGGUUAAUAUGAAUACAUGUGUACUUUGGAUAUAAUCCUGUGUAUGGGUGAAGAGUUUAGUGUCCUCCAGACAGACCAAAUGUAAAACUAGCUCAGGCGUCAGUGCCACGUAAGAGACCACAGCGUUCCCAAAAUGCAUUGCAGCCUUAAAGAAAGCUGCGUCUCCACAGAUGAGGGAUACUACAAACAAUUAUGUACAUAUGAGAUGUCCCAAUAAUUUUCAAUGUUUGCUUUGUGCUACUGAUAGAUUGUGGGUUCAUCAGAUGGAGCAAUAGAGUUUCUUAAUAUAGUGGUUGUAAGGGGAACUUUAAGAGCUGUGUCAUUUUCAAUACAAGAUCCACCAAGUUCAAAGUGAGCUUCUAUUUGGCCUGCAGGUAUAGUGGAGGAUAUUUGGUGUGAAAGGCAGCAGCUUGUGUCGGAAUCCAUACCAGAAUCUGUGAAAGCCAUCAUUUCUAACAUUAGCCCAAUCAGUGUCUGUCUUAAGGUUUUAAAAUUGCACACCGAAACUAGUUGCAGAUUCAUAAAAAACUGUUUGGAUUCUGCACCCGUGUUUUUCUAAGUGGACUAAUCUGGAAAAAAAAAAAUGUUCCUUGUCCUCCUUUAACUACUUCCUAUUGUUUUUAUGCAUGUAUUUGUGGUGUAGAUUUUAUAAAGCAGAAUACUGAACAGGGCUUUACUAUCGGCUUUGCCUCAUAGUGGAUGCCUCGGCUUCUGUUGCAUUUUGCACUUUUCCCUCCCUCGAAGGCAACCUGUAUGCUAGAAGUGAUUUGCUUGAUCAUGAGUGCUCGUUGAAUGGCAUUCGAUUGAUGGUGUACUUCAAUAUUAGGCAAGAUAAAAUUCUACAAAAAGAAGCUGCACCAUUAACACACUGCCUGAUGUGUAUGCUAUGUAGCGCCUUACUCUCAGCAGCCACCGUCUGGUAGCCUUUUAUUAAACGUACUGCUUUUGCAAAACUGAAAAAAAAAAAAUGCUAGAUUGCUGCUUUAAAUCCAGUGAGUGUCUGAGGAUGCAGUAAAACAACUGGAUAAGAUCAUUUCUCACUGCUGCGUGACUCAAUGAUCCACUGGUUCGUGACUGUGGUCCUGUGCUGUUUACACGACAAGAGAAAUGCAUUUCUGAAUUGGGGUAUGUCCGAUUUCCGAGCCUUUAAUCAGAAAUACACGGUCAUAUCUGGACCCCAAUGUUCAAAUGAGCUGAAAUGUAAUCAUCAAUGCAAAUGUGUACUGGAGUCUGUGUUGUCCCUGACAGAAUGCCUAAAGUGAAUAAAUGUAUAAAGUAUAUUUAUGUUUAUAUGAGAACAAAAUUCAAUAAAGAUAUUCAUAUUUCAAUCCAA